CCUGCCCCUUGGACAAUCUAAAUCUAGCUCUCUACAUUCAUUGUUCAGACUCUUGACGUCAGCUGGGCCUUUUGAGAAGAAUUCCAGAGACCUGAAAUUCGAAUUGUCCCUCGUUUUCCCAUUACUGUUAGGUCUCCCAGAUAGCAGGAGAUUGCACGUCCCGCCACCGCCAAAGAACGAACGCCAUCGACCCUCAGCCCCGCAGUCACCAACAUCACCCGCCUCAGCCCUCUCACGGUCAAUCAUGGACUUUGCCUACGACCACAUUGCUGAAAAGACGUACCAACCCGGCGAUCGCGCCGCCACACCCACGCCAGGAACCUCUGACAGCGCUGUCGACGGCGAACCCCCAACCCCUAGAGCCGCUCCAGCGUCUCCCCGACAGAGUUUGCAAAGCGAAUUUCAAGAGACCUUUAGAACGUUUCAACAGUCACCAUGGGCUGCGACAUUGGGAGGGUUUUGGGGAAAUGUGAGAAAGCAAGGCGAGACUUACUAUGAGGAGGCGAGAAAGGAAGCCGCAGAAGUGGCGAGUGAGGUAGAAGCGCUACGGACAAAGGGCUUCAAAGGCCUCGGAUUUGGUGCAGAACCGUCAACAACCCAGCCAGACCAGGCUCGAGGCGACAAUGAAACACCUGAGGCAUCUGCCAUCCAGAAAUCCACUGGCCAAGACCUUCAAGAGACCGAGACAUUUCUAGAGCGUUUCAAAACCGAGGCCGCCAGACGAUUGAAGGAGGUUCAGAAGGCCGAAGAUGCGGCUGAUGAGGCACUUCUCAAGUUCGGAACAAACAUACGGAACUUUUUACGCGACGCUGUGUCUGUGACCGCCCCCGAGGAUGAGCGUCAGCCCGGCCAAGUGCUUUUCGAGAGCAAAGAUACAUCGACAGGCAAGAGAGUCAUCCAUACUAGCAGGUUUGAGGCUCAGCUGCACGUCAUUCACACGACAACCACCAGCUUUACACAAGAUCCUAGUGGGGCUGGCAACCAAUGGAGUGAUUUCAGCAAGGCUUUUGACAUUGACCAGAAGACAGCCGACAUUGCCAAAGAUUUGGACAAGUACAAAGAACUGAGGGAGUCGAUGGAGAAGCUUGUGCCUGAACAAGUUGAGUACAAGGAUUUUUGGACAAGAUACUACUUCCUCAGACAUGUUGUGGGGGUGCAGGAAGAGAAGAGAAAGGAGUUGUUGAAAGCCUCCGCCGACGAGACUGAAGAGGUUGCCUGGGAUGAGGACAGCGAGGAUGAAGACUCUUCCGCUACUCCACAGCUCAAGCAAGGUGAAACAGCGCCAGCAAAGAAACUCGUGGCGCAAAACACCAACGACUCCUCGACAACGCUCCACCAAAUCCCUGCUGGAGGACGUGAUGCCACCUCGCUCAAGCCCGAAGCCGCUUCUCGCCGAUCUCACGAUGAGAAAUCGGUUGCCGACAGUGACGCUAGCUACGACCUUGUCAGCGGAGCAACGAGCCGAGCACCAGGCAGUCCCAAAGAUGAGCCGGGUAAAUCAUCGGCGAAGAUCGACGAGAGUGACGAGGAGGAUUGGGAAUGAACGGCAUCUUUAUGCUUGAAGCGUGUAUAUUACUAUAUGGCGUCAAUAGGCAACGGAGAGACGUGUGAAUUAUCGAUACCAAUGUUCAAGCAUUCUAUACAAUCACUUCUGUCUCUUUGGUAUAGAAUUCAGUGUACAACUCCCUCACCACGAGGAAGCUCGCCCCACUGACGCCAGUCGAGUCCCAAGCUCAACCCGUGCCAACAACUCAAGGUAGAGGAUCAGGCCAUUGAAACCUGAUAUUAUCUUUCUUGAGCCCUUCCAAAACAAUCUCUAUGCCCCCCGACUUGACCAUCCACUCAAGGCGAUGAUCUCUAUACUCACGUUUCAGAAGACCCUUCUU